GUAGGACCUUUCAAAAUGAACACAAUUUAAUACAUUACAUUGUAUUAUGAUAUACAUCUUUUAACAAGUAUUGUGUAAAAUUUAUUAAUGUCCAUUAAUUAUAAAACCAGGAGUAAGGUUAUAUUCAGAUAUUCUGAUUCGAACGUUUGUACAUAACAAUGAAAACAAAUUGUACACAUAAUAGAUUUUGUCUAAUAACAUAGAUAUGUCCUGUUUUUUGUAAUAAAGCUGAAAACAUAUCAAAAUGUCAAUUGAUAUAGUAGAAAUGUUAAAGGAACCAAAAAUGGUUAAAGUAUGUGCACCAAUGGUUAGAUAUAGUAAAUUACAGUUUAGAACUUUAGUACGGCGCUACAACUGUGAUAUAUGUUUUACACCCAUGAUCUUAGCUGACUCGUUUAUACAAUCUGAAAAAGCCAGGAAUAAUGAAUUUUCAACUACCAAGGAAGAUAAGCCAGUAAUUGUUCAGUUUGCUGCAAAAACUGUAUAUGAUUUUCUUAAUGCAGCAGAAAUGAUUGCCCCGUACUGUAAUGGUGUUGAUUUGAAUUGUGGUUGUCCUCAACGUUGGGCACUGAAAGAAGGAUAUGGAGCAGAUUUACUUAAAAAACCAGAUCUUGUGAAAGAUUUGAUAUAUCAAACUCGAUCAUUGGCUCCUAGUCAGAAAGGCAAACGUCCACUUUUGUCUGAUAUAUCAAACAAUGUAACUUUGUCUCCGGAUGUGUCAUCAAUACAUCAUGUAAAAAAGAGAGUUUGCCGUAAUGUCAAAAAUGUACAAAUACCAGAAUAUAAAGCACUUACUCUUUCAACUGAUAAUAUUCAAGCGACGCAAGAAGUAAUUUCUGAACAUGAAGAAAGGGUAAAAAAACUGCUGAGUAAACCAUUUAAAAUACCAAUUCCUGGAUAUCAGCUCUCAGGUCGUACUUUGGGAACACGUUUAUCAGGUCCACGUAGACCUUUACAUGAUCCUGAAGAAGCUAAUGCACUUAUCGUCUAUUCACCACCUGAAAUAUCUGAACAUGAUAGACUUAAAUUAGACCAAUCGAAGCAACUUGUGCAUGUGGUAGUAGAUCCCUUAUUAUGUAAUAUUCUAAGACCGCAUCAGCGAGAAGGUGUAAAGUUUAUGUACGAAUGCGUAACAGGACAACGAAUAGAAGGUGCUUACGGAUGUAUUAUGGCGGAUGAAAUGGGUCUUGGAAAGACUUUACAAUGUAUAACACUCAUGUGGACUUUAUUAAAGCAAGGACCUGAAGCUAAACCAAUUAUAGACAAGGCAAUUAUUGUUGCUCCCAGUUCGUUAGUUAAAAAUUGGUACAAUGAAAUAUUUAAGUGGUUGAAAAACAGAGUUCAGCCAUUAGCCAUCGAUGGUGGAAGCAAAACGGAUAUCGAUGCAAAACUUACAGGUUUUAUGAAAACUUAUGGUCGCAGAUGUAUAAAUCCUAUAUUAAUAAUUAGUUAUGAAACUUUUCGCUUACACUCGCAUGUCCUUCAUCAAGAUGAAGUUGGACUCGUGUUAUGUGACGAAGGUCAUCGUCUGAAAAAUUCUGAAAAUCAAACGUAUCAAGCACUUAUAAAUUUGAAAGCUAAAAGAAGAGUACUACUUAGUGGAACGCCUAUACAAAAUGAUCUCUUAGAAUACUUCUCUCUUGUACAUUUUGUUAAUCAAGGAUUACUAGGAACUGCGCAAGAAUUUCGAAAAAAAUUUGAAAUACCGAUUUUACGUGGUCAAGAUGCAGGCGCAACAGAUACUGAACGCAAACUUGCCCAAGAACGAUUAACAGAAUUAGUGACCAUCGUUAAUAAGUGUCUGAUUAGACGUACCAGCGCUUUACUUUCCAAAUACUUACCUUUAAAAUACGAGUUGGUCGUUUGCAUAAAAAUGGGAAAAUUGCAAACUGAUCUUUACAAAAAUUUUAUACAAAGCGAUAGCAUAAAAAAAUCAAUGGAAGAAAAUUCAGAAAAUUCUAAAAAAGGAAAAAGUCUUUCUGCACUUUCAGCCAUUACACUUUUAAAAAAGCUAUGCAAUCAUCCAGAUUUAGUUUAUGAUAAAAUACUGCAACAAUGUGAAGGAUUUGAGAAUGCAGCAAAAUUAAUGCCAUCAAAUUACAGUACUAAGGACAUUUUACCUGAGUUAUCCGGCAAAUUAAUGGUAUUAGAUUGUCUCUUGGCAUCCAUUAAAACGACAACAAAAGACAAAAUCGUAUUGGUAUCUAAUUACACGCAAACUCUAGAUUUGUUUGAGAAACUAUGUCACAAACGGUGUUACAAUUACGUUAGACUCGAUGGCACAAUGACUAUUAAAAAGAGAGCGAAAGUAGUUGAAAAAUUCAAUGACGAGAACAGCAAUGAUUUUAUUUUCAUGCUUAGUUCGAAAGCUGGUGGUUGUGGAUUAAAUCUUAUCGGUGCAAAUCGUCUUGUCAUGUUUGAUCCUGACUGGAAUCCUGCGAAUGAUGAUCAAGCUAUGGCGAGGGUUUGGAGAGAUGGUCAAAAAAAGCCAUGUUUCGUGUAUCGCUUUCUUUGCACCGGUACUAUUGAAGAAAAGAUUUUCCAAAGACAGGCACAUAAAAAAGCAUUAAGUUCAACGGUUGUUGAUCAAGAAGAAGACGUUGCAAGACAUUUUACGUUAAACGAUUUGAGAGAUUUGUUUAAAUUAGAAGAAAAUACUAUUUCAGAUACUCAUGCUAAAUUUAAAUGUAAGAGGUGUGUUAAUGGUGUAGAAGUAAAAGGACCACCCCCGCAGUCAGACUGUAAUUCAGACUUAUCAGAUUGGAGGCACGCUAAUAAUCCACGAAAUUUGCCAGAUUUGUCUUUACGGCAAUGCUGGUCUAGCGGAAUUUCAUUUGUUUUUCAUCAUCGCUCGCACGAACAAGUAAAAUAAGUGUUUAUCAGGUAUUCACCUGCAUUGUAAUAAAGAAACUAUAUUUUUUAUUGCAACACGCUGUUAUCUAGAAUUUAUUCUAGAGUUAUAUUAGGAUUCAGUGUAAUAUCAUUGUAAUUAAAGAAGUGUCCAUUUAAUAAUAAUGAUAAUGUUUAUAUUAUUUUGUACAAAGUAGCAAGUGUAAGUAAUAAUUGUAGUAAUUGUACAAAAUUUGCAGAAUAACAGAAAUGCGUAAAAUGAAUGUUUAU